CGGCCCCCGGCCCCGGCCCGCGUUAAUCGGUAACGCCGCGCAAAGCCAGGUGGAAAAUGCGCCGUGCUCCGGACUAGCAGGGAGGAGAUGGUGCAGUGCCCCCGGCCGCUCUGAGCGCCUAGUCCGAGAAGACGCUGGGGUGUGUGUGGUUUGGGGGCUUGGGGUUUUUUGUUAUUUUUUACUUUUGCUUUUUUUUCCUCCUUUUUUUUCCUACCUCUUCCCCAGAAGGAAAGAAAACCCUACCAAGAUUCUCAGAUGGCUUAGAAAAAUUAAUAUUAAUCUGUGAAAAUAUGAAGUCGACCAGUUCUUGAUUUCCCUCCCCUCCCCAGCCCACUCCUGAGAUUGAGCUAAAAGGACCCGUUUCCUGGAGGACGCGGAGAACAGACACGUUUCUGGUGGUGUAGAAGGGACCGAUGACAAUGCUCCAGAGUGUAGCGGAGACGCAGGAAGGAGAUUCAACCUGUUAACAAAAAAUUAAGCAGAGGGAAAAUACCAACGGAAAGGAAAGAUAUAUAUAUAUAUAUAUACACACAUAUAUAUAUAUACAACUUAGAAAUAUUCCCCAGGUGGCCACAAAGCAUGGGCUGUGCUCCAAGCAUCCACAUCUCUGACAGCAGAGUGGUCUAUCACAGUAGCAAAGAGUCAGAGGAGUGCAAUUCUCCUCACCAGACCAACACAACCAUGUCUCAACAACAGCAAGGCAACCCUGUCCCAGGAUUAUUCAUUAAAUCCUCCAACACAUCCACUUAUAAGGUGAGGACUAAUUCCUCUAAGAAAGACAAGAGGGAGAACAGCCAGAGCAUGGAGGCAGAGACUCAGACCAGCAGAUCCAGUGUUAAGGCACCAGUAACGGAUGUGCAGUUUGGCCCUAUGAGACUUCAUCAAGAUCAACUUCAGGUACUUUUAGUGUUUGCCAAAGAAGAUAACCAGAGUAACGGGUUCUGCUGGGCAUGUGAGAAGGCUGGAUUUCGGUGUAAUAUCGCCAGGACACCUGAAUCUGCACUAGAGUGUUUUCUGGACAAACACCAUGAAAUAAUCAUUAUUGACCAUAGACAUUCCAGAUACUUUGAUGCAGAAGCGUUAUGCAGGUCUAUCAGAACAACUAAACCCUCAGAAAAUACAGUCAUUAUUGGUGUAGUUCGAAGGCAUGGUGAUCGUGAAGAGUCAUCAAUAUUGCCCCUGAUCUCUGCUGGCUUCACAAGGAGAUAUGUAGAAAAUUCUAAUAUAAUGGCCUGUUACAAUGAGUUGAUUCAGCUGGAAUUUGGAGAGGUGCGGGCACAAUUCAAACUGAGGGCUUGUAAUUCAUUAUUUACAGCAUUAGAGAAAAGUCAAGAAGCCAUUGAGAUCACAAGUGAAGACCAUGUAAUACAGUACGUCAAUCCUGCUUUUGAAACAGUGAUGGGCUAUCAAAUAGGUGAAUUAAUAGGAAAGGAAUUAACAGAAGUGCCUAUAAAUGAAAAAAAAGCUGAUUUCCUAGAUACUAUUAAUUCCUGCAUAAAGAUAGGAAAGGAAUGGCAAGGAAUGUACUAUGCGAAAAAGAAAAAUGGAGAUAGCAUACAGCAAAAUGUGAAGAUAAUACCUGUCAUUGGACAGGGAGGAAAGAUUAGACACUAUGUGUCAAUUAGUAGACUGUGCAAUGACAACAAUAAGGCAGAAAAAACAUGUGAACGUGUUCAGGCUGAAUCUCAGACAGAUAUUCAGACUUGCAGACACAAAGACAGGAGGAAAGGAUCACUAGAUGUCAGAUCCACAACCUCACGAGGGAGUGAUGGCAGCUCACAACGGCGGCACUCUUCCAUGGCCAGGAUACAUUCCAUGACUAUCGAAGCACCUAUCACCAAGGUAAUAAACAUCAUUAAUGCUGCACAAGAAAGCAGUCCUAUGCCAGUUGCAGAAGCUUUAGACCGAGUUUUGGAGAUUUUAAGAACCACUGAGUUGUACUCUCCACAACUGGGGACAAAAGAUGAGGAUCCACAUACAAGUGACCUCGUUGGAGGGUUAAUGACAGAUGGUUUACGACGAUUAUCAGGGAAUGAAUACAUAUUGUCAGCAAAACAAACUCAUCAAGUCGCUGGCAGUUUGAUCUCUCCAAUCUCCCUCAAUGACAUACCCCCACGGAUAACAGAGGCAAUGGAAAAUGAAGAACACUGGGAUUUUGAUAUCUUUGAACUUGAGGCUGCCACCCAUAAAAGGCCUUUGGUUUAUCUGGGUCUCAAAAUAUUUGCUCGUUUUGGAAUCUGUGAAUUCCUAAACUGUUCAGAAUCAACUCUGAGGUCGUGGUUGCAAGUUAUUGAAGCUAACUACCAUUCCUCCAACUCCUACCAUAAUUCUACGCAUUCUGCUGAUGUGCUACAUGCCACUGCUUAUUUCUUGUCUAAAGAAAGAGUAAAGCAAACUUUGGAUCCGAUUGAUGAGGUUGCCGCUCUCAUUGCUGCCACAGUCCAUGACGUGGAUCACCCAGGAAGAACAAAUUCUUUCCUGUGCAACGCUGGCAGUGAGCUAGCAAUUCUCUACAAUGACACCGCAGUGCUGGAGAGCCAUCACGCUGCCCUGGCUUUCCAGCUCACCACCCGGGAUGACAAAUGCAAUAUAUUUAAAAGCAUGGAGAGGAAUGAGUAUCGAACCCUUCGCCAAGCCAUUAUUGACAUGGUCUUAGCAACAGAAAUGACAAAGCACUUUGAGCAUGUCAACAAGUUUGUCAACAGCAUUAAUAAACCCUUGGCAGCACUAGAAGAAAAUGGGAAUAAUGGUGAUGGAGAGUCAGUCAAAACCGUUCUCACAUCUCCCGAAAACCGUAUCCUUAUCAAACGCAUGUUGAUAAAGUGUGCGGACAUUUCCAAUCCAUGCAGACCCUUAGAGCAGUGUAUAGAGUGGGCUGGACGCAUCUCUGAGGAGUACUUUGCACAGACUGAUGAAGAAAAGAGACAAGGUUUACCUGUGGUGAUGCCAGUUUUUGACAGAAAUACUUGUAGCAUCCCCAAAUCCCAAAUAUCAUUCAUCGAUUACUUCAUCACCGAUAUGUUCGAUGCCUGGGAUGCAUUUGCAGACCUGCCAAAUUUGAUGCAGCAUCUGGAUAAUAACUUUAAAUACUGGAAAGGACUAGAUGAAAGGAAGCUGCGGAGCCUUCGACCACCACCAGAAUAGCAAUUAGGCCAUGGUGUGUAAUUUACUAACCCAAUGCAUAUUUAUUCAAGCUCACUUCUGUUCAUGUGAUUUCAGAUUUGUUUUGGUCUCUUCAGUAUUACAGUAAGGCUAGCCCAUACGCUGGGGGAGCUUUCAAAUUCGAGAGAACACGAGGUCAGCAGUUGACUCCCUCAAACUACCAUGUGUGGACUCCAAUGAAAUCAGCCUCUCAAGUGGAAUUACACUGGAUUGCUGCAGUACUUGUACUGAAGAGGGUCUGUUAGUGAACAUAUUUUUGCAUUAUCUUUAUACCAGUAUGUGAAGCUGGAAGACCUUGAAGAAUCCUCAUAAAAAGGACAUUCACUAGAAGAUUUUGCUUAAUCCUCAAUUCCACGAGUGAAAAAGAAAUAUCUAUUAAUAGUGACUCACAGCUUUUACGAGAAAGCUACAUGCUUUUUAUAAGCACUUAAGACAGUUACGUAGAACAAUCAGACAUUUAAAAUGCAAGUCUCCAUGAAGGAAUUUUUGAUCUAUGAAAAAUAGAUGUACUCUAUUUUUUCACAUCACAGAAGGUGCAAUCAUUCACUUCUGAGCACUACUGAAAGUGAGUUCUCUUUAAGAAAUUUAGUAGCAAAUGUAAAAAAUAACACAAGAUUUUUUGAGGUUGAUCGUUAGCAUCUAUGAUUAAAAUGUUUUAUUUAUUUUGUUAGAUGUUCAAUAUUUUCUAUGAAUUUAUAAAUACUUAAAAGCCAAAGCCAACUUUAGAUGCAUUACAAAUUUACAUGAUUCAUACUCAUUAAUAUACAUUUAAUUGAUGUACAGACCUUUUAUUUUCAUAAUGCAAAUACAAAAUACUAUACAAUGAUACAUUUUUAUUGCACUGUAAGGAUAGAUGUGUAUGUUUAAAUAUUGUCUGAUUUAUGUUAAUUAAAGUAAGUUUUAUUGAAAAGGUCUCACCUGAGAAUAGUAAAAUAAACAAGAAAUGUAUACUGUCUGAGCACCAGAACUGCAGUAGUUCUCUCACAAACCAGUGAUGAUCACCUGAUUUGCCCUUGGCUACAAAAGAAGAUAAUGUGUUGGAACUUUUCGUUUUCUCACGUGAAAUUUUAUGAUUAAAUUCCCUGUCAAAGUCUGCCUUAUUUUAUAUAGUAUUUCUACAAAGCAUUCCACAGCAUAUAUGAAGAGGUAACACUAAACAUCUACUGAAUUUCAACAUUUUAUAGCCUGUGUAUUUUCCUCUGCCAUGAAAGAAACAGAACAUAAAAACAACAGCAAAAACCUUUAACUCAAGAAGUUUGUAAAGGCUGUGUACCUUCACAAUUUGAAUGAAACCUUCAUAGCAAGCACCAGAAAAUAAUAAAAUGUAUAUUUUAAGAAGUGUCAAAGUCCUAGCCAUUUCAUUUGAAAUGUAUAUUUAUUUUGUAGUGAAAUGUAUAUUUAUUUUGUAGUUUGCAGACUGUCUAACAGAUUGUUGAAAUUCUUAUUAAACUAACUAAGACGCUUA